CGUGUAAAGAAGGCGAGAGGCGGUGGGACGGAGACAAAUUGACAACAGUCCGCUAUGACGUGAAGCCUAAAGACAUUUAAGCUUUCAAAUCCCCUUUCAGGGGCGCCCACGCAACUUUCGCACAAGUUGUGCGAACGUGUCACAAUGUGUGUGCGUGUGUUUUUUUGGAAGGGGGCGUGGACGUCGGAGGAGCCGCAGCGUGCAGUCACUCCGGCUCGCGUGUUGCCUCUUGGCUGCAUUUCCAGCGUGAGGUGAGUGACGCGCACGCCGGAGGAGCACGCGUGGACGUCGGCUGCUUUCGUUGGGAAGUCGCUCGCUACAAACACCUCGUUUGUCAUCUGUUCGGGAGUGCCAAGCGCAAGGAGCUUUUUUUUUUCUUUUCUUCAGCGUCACGAAAACCGGUGUUGUGGAAAUAUUUUUUUUUUUGUGGCAACGUUGGGCAAUGGACGCGUUGAUUUCGAAGUGAGGAUCUACAUUGACAGGUGUUGCGUUCACACGCACUUUGAGCCACUCGCCGUGAACGGAUUACGCCACCUAUUCUUUCUCUGCACGGAAAUGUGUUCACUUUUAGUUUCAAUUCAAUAAAAGGCUGAGAGCUCAUGAUGCGUUCAAGACGCCGGGUGGGAAAGUGAGCGCCACUUUUUUUUUUUUUUUACGUACACCCCCUCCACCCCCCCUCAAAAAAGACUCAACAACAUGACAAGCAACGGACCUGUCAUCGUCUACGAGUGGCUCAAGACUCUGCAGUUGGCCCAGUACGUGCAAGCCUUCGUGGAUAAUGGCUACGACGACCUGGAGGUGUGCAAGCAGAUCGGCGACCCGGACCUGGACGCCAUCGGGGUGUACGUUGCGCACCACCGCCGCCGGAUCCACGACGCGGUGCGGCGUCUUAAGGAGGAGGCGAGAGACGCGGCGAGCGGGCUGUACUUCACCCUGGAGCCCAUGCCGCCCUCCGCGGAUGUCUACACCGGCCACAUGGUGGACCAGUACGAGUCCAAGCUGCGCGGGUCCAAGUCGUGGACCGAGCCCGCGCGCGGCGUGGGCUACGUGGGCGCACACAGGAACCUGACCCUGGGGAACUGCAGGAGGGAGCUGGUCAUCUACCCGAAGCUCAAACUCAAGAUCAUGAUCCGGGAUAAACUCAUCAGGGACGGCAUCAAUCUGGCCAGGGCGCCCUAUUCCAAGAAGGAUGGUUCCCUGGGCAACAUAGAUGACCUUGCUCAGGAAUACUCGGAAUACUACAACACCUGCUUCAGCGACGUCAGCGACCGUAUGGAGGAGCUCCGCAAGAGACGAGUGUCCCAAGAGCUGGACAUGGAGAAACAGGAUCCAAACAUCUCUUUGCAGCUGCGCAACGAGAUCCAGGAGUCGCUGGGCUUCAGCAGUGAAGUCUCCACUCCGGAAACGGACAGAAAGAUGUCGCUGCACAAAUCCAGCUCUGAAGAUGGAUCUGGAGGGAAAUGGGACAACAAGAAGAAGAACAAGUCGUUCUGGCAGAAUUUCCGCAAGCCUCAACACAAGGCGGUCGUGCGACAGACAUCCAAAGGUGAGGACAUUGGCUACGUGGCCAGUGAGAUCACCAUGAGCGACGAGGAGCGAAUCCAGCUGAUGAUGAUGGUGAAAGAGAAGAUGAUCACCGUGGAAGAAGCGCUGGCUCGGCUGAAGGAGUAUGAGCGCAACAGACAGUCCGGCAGUACUGACACUGCAGAGUGGACUGACGGAUCUGCAGCCGGUCCAAACCAGUCCUCAAACUGCAACCAAUCUCGCGAACAGUCCGACGACGAGCAAUCGGAGGAUUCGGUGAAGUUCAAGCGGCUCCACAAGCUGGUUAAUUCCACCCGGCGGGUCAGGAAAAAACUCAUUAAGGUGGAGGAGUGCAAGAAGCAUGGAUCCGAAGAUUUCCUCAACGUAGAGUCCGUGGCCACCUGUGACGACAAGGCAGCGUUGUACACGGGGGUCCUGAAAAAGCACUCGUUGCCCCAGGAGACCUCCCUCAGCCAGGAUCAGCUCUCCGUGGACGGAGACACGGACAGCCUGACCACCUCGCCGUCCUCCAGUAGCUUGGACACCUGGUCCGGACACCGUCUGGUGAAGACCUUCAGCAAGUCUUCCAGCACACACGGCCUCAUCCGCCCGCCCAGGAGAACCCCGGUCGGCUCGGUCCCCGGCGUCGGAGGUAGCGGCUCCUCCUUCUCGGAGCUGGAUGGCUGCGGAUUGGACGACGAAGGGAAGUUGUCGCGCUCCACCACCGACGGCGAGAUGCGGAAGGCCCUGAGCUCCAUCUCCCACGGGAGAACGUGCAGCUUCGGCGGCUUCGACCUGUCCAACCGAUCCCUCCAUGUGCUCAACGCAGGCUCAGAUGCUCAGAAUAAAGAGCAAGAGGCUAUCUAUAGAGAGGUGGUCAAGUCGCCCACGACUUCCCGGAUCUCGCUUGGCAAGAAGGUGAAGUCGGUCAAGGAGACCAUGAGGAAGCGCAUGUCCAAGAAGUACAGCAGCUCGUUCUCCGAACAGUCGAGUCCGGACGGAACACCUGGUUCGCCGCAGUCCCCUCAGCCUGACAGCGACUCUCUGGAGAAGCCCAAACUCAAGGCAGGCGGCUCAGUGGAAAGUCUCCGAAGUUCACUGAGCGGACAAAGCUCAAUGAGCGGGCAGACGGUGAGCACCACCGACUCCUCAGCCAGCAACAGAGAAAGCGUCAAAUCGGAGGACGGCGACGACGAGGAGCCGCCCUACCGAGGACCUUUCUGCGGCCGCGCGCGAGUGCACACGGAUUUCACGCCGAGCCCCUACGACUCGGACUCCCUCAAACUGAAGCGCGGCGACGUGAUUGACAUUAUCAGCAAGCCGCCCAUGGGCACCUGGAUGGGCCUGCUCAACAACAAGGUGGGCACCUUCAAGUUCAUCUACGUGGACGUUCUGUGCGAGGAAGAGGAGAAGCCCAAACGUCCACUGCGGCGGCGGCGGAAGGGCCGACCACCCAAGCCGACGUCUGUGGAGGAGCUGUUGGAACGUAUUAACCUCAAGGAGCACAUGCCCACUUUCCUGUUCAACGGCUACGAGGACUUGGACACGUUCAAGCUGCUGGAAGAGGAGGACCUGGACGAGCUGAAUAUCAAAGACCCCCAACACCGAGCCGUGUUGCUCACAGCCGUGGAGCUGCUGCAGGAAUACGACAGCAGCAGCGAUCCAGAGCGCAGCGGCCUGUCGAGCUCCCAGGAGAAGUUGCUGUCCGAGGGCCUGGGCCUGAUCGGAGACUCCCCUCGGGACUCGGGUUGCUACGAGAGCAACGAGAACUUGGAGAACGGCCUUCUGUGCCAUCAGUACCGAAGUCGGCAUGUAAUUGGGAAGGAGCCCGGCCCCAGACCACUAAGCCUGGUCUACCCCACAGUGCUGGGAGCCCACGGCCAAAGGGAGAGAGCCUCCCCAAUGCACACGACAAGUGUUCUCACCAGAACAAACUCGCUGCCAAUCGAAGGAUUCCAAGCUCAAACCCCGCCUGUGGAUUCCACAUUGAUGACGGUGUACAACGGGGAUGAUUACGAAUAUUUCUGCUAAGCGCGGCAGAGUACGGCGACGUGAUUAAGAUGCAGUGACAUGAUUGGCUCUUUCCUAAGAAGACCGCAUUGCGCAACAGCAACCGACUCGCACCGUGUGUGCCGAAACGCGGCGGGAAUGCGCCUGUUUUUCACAAAGACAAAUGUGCUGCACUGCUAAGCUUUGAUGGCACUUGGGAUCUUCGUUUUUGGGAGUGCUCGUCCUCCUCCCGCGUAUUUUUAACAUCCAUAACCCGUAAAUCACUGCUCUGUCAAAAACCACUCCUCCUUUCUGAUUGCUGGUUUUCCGGUGUAAAUACUGGGCCGAACUUUGUGUGGGUGUGUGCGUGCAAGUGUGUGGUGGGGGUGGUUGGGAAUUGGCCACGGUCAUCAUGUGCUACGAUAGAGACUGAAUUAUUUUUAAAAAAGGAACCAAAGCAAACAAAAACUCCCGAUCCGCCCCACCAAAAAAAAAAAAAAAAAAAACCAAUAAAGAUGGCGCUGCUUGCUUUUUCUUUCGUCUCUUGUUUUCCUUUUCACGCCUUUCAACCGUUCAUCAACUUCCUGCUUGUUUAGACAACAUUUAGCAUUUUCUGCAUGUUCUUUUCCCGGUUCAGGGAUCCACAGUGUCUCCCCCCCCCCCAUCUGAAGAGUUAUCAAAUAAAAGCGAUAGCGAAGGAUUUUUAGAAGCAGUAGCUGCCGUAUAUUGACGAUUGUCAAACAGUAAUGACACUGUCGAUCCCUGAAUUCUCUCCUCAGGACAAAAUCAGGUUGCACGCUGCAACUUUUGCCUGCCAAGUGUCGUUCUUGGAUGAACUCCAGUUGAUCAUGUUAUCAGGUUACAGGGUGCAUGAAAUGAUUUUUCAAAUAGAUAAGGUGUCACAUGUUAAGUUCCUGACCAAUUUACAUUUAGCAUUGCAUUAUGACUGCUUUUUUUUUUAUUUCUUUACCCAUAACUUAAUUCUCAUAAAUGGCGCCUUUAAUCUCAUGUACAACUUUAAGUCAACUUUUUUUUUUUUGUUGUUGUCAAUGUGUAUCAACGAGACAAAUGUAUGCUUUUUAUGUUUUCGCCAUGAAAUGUAAGCAGUUUUUCAAAUUUCAACUCCGUGACAAGCAGUAUCGAACCGACAUUGACGUAUUUGAUAAAUCAGCGCGCGUGGAAAUGCCACCGUCUCUGUUCACGAUGGAUCAAUAAGCAUUACCGUUCGAUUCAAUGUCGUCAUUUUAGAUUUCAUUACCUUUUGCCGACAUUUUCGGGUGCCGUGGCGACAUUCCAUCGCAUUCCAUCCGCCGAAAUUUUCUCUCUGUCCAUCCCCAUUGAAACUUUAAUGUGGCCGUUCUCACCCGUUUCACCCAUCAUGCUUUGUAAAUCAGAGGACGGGAUGGUAAGUUGCUUCCGCUUUUCAUUCUACCAUGCUUGAUGCCAUUACCUCGUAUUUCCGCAAAGG